AGAAAAAUGCAUCACACCAUGUGAUAAAUCUUGUCUUGGCAAAGAGAAAGUGUUUCAAAAAUGCUCUUAUAUGAUGAGAGGGAGGGAGUAAUUUUCUUAUUGGCACAUCAUUCCUAUGUUUUUGUGUUUCCUCUUGGGGUCCUGCAAACCAAAGAGCCCUAAAGCCGCGAAAAAAGGGAAUCGGCGAUAAUAUCAGCGAUUCGGACUGAUCCAUGUGACAUGCGAUGUUCACAGAAACUGGGCAGCCGGCGCCGCGGGGGCUCGAUCGAUCGAGCUCAUCAGUCAAUGGCAUUCGGAGGUGUGUUCAUGCCGUGCAAAUGGGGAGGUGGCUGCGGCCCAAUCGGAGGGUGGGGGAGGAGGAAGAGGAGGCGGAGGAGGAGUACCAGGUGGACGUGCUGCCCGACCGGCUGAAGUCGUCGCGGAGCAGCCGCGCUCCCUCGCUCCGCUCCCUCAGCCGCCUCGCCGACGACGAGGAGGGCGGGUUCCUCCGCGGCCACAUCGUCCACCCCGACAACGAGUGGUAUCGGAUAUGGACAAGGUUCAUAGUGUUCUGGGCAGCAUUUAGUUCAUUCCUUACACCCUUGGAAUUUGGGUUCUUCAGGGGGCUGCCUUGGAACCUCUUCCUCUUGGACAUGGUUGGCCAGAUUGCCUUCCUUAUUGAUAUUGUUCUGAGGUUUCUUGUGGCCUACCGUGACCCGGUCACACUCUGCAUCGUAUACAAUCCAACCUCUAUUGCCGUCCGAUAUUGCAAAUCAAGCUUCAUCUUCGAUUUACUUGGUUGCUUCCCGUGGGAUGUUAUCUAUAAGGCUUGUGGACGUAAAGAAGAAGUACGAUACUUAUUGUGGAUUCGCAUGACAAGAACUCAGAAAGUUACACAGUUUUUUAGGGAUUUGGAAAAGGACAUUCGUGUUAAUUACCUGUUCACAAGAAUAGUGAAACUCAUAGUUGUGGAGCUCUAUUUUACACACACGGCAGCUUGCAUCUUCUAUUACCUGGCAACAACACUUCCUGAAUCAAUGGAAGGAUAUACAUGGAUAGGGAGUUUGCAGUUAGGAGACUAUAGCUAUUCUCAUUUCAGGGAUAUUGAUCUAACCACACGUUAUAUUACAUCAAUGUACUUUGCCAUCGUCACCAUGACAACUGUUGGCUAUGGUGACAUCCAUGCUGUAAAUCUAAGGGAAAUGAUAUUUGUCAUGAUAUAUGUUUCCUUUGGUAUGGUUCUUGGAGCUUAUCUCAUCGGUAACAUGACUGCAAUUAUUGUGAAAGGCUCGGAAACCGAGCGAUUCAGGGAUAAAAUGAAAGAAGCUAUCAUUUAUAUGAACAGACAUAAACUUGGAAAGGACAUCAGAGAACAGAUCAAGGGUCAUUUGAGGUUGCAGUAUGAAAGCAACCGCACUGAAGCCGCUGUUCUUUGGGAUAUCCCAGUUUCUAUUCGUGCAAAGAUUUCACAAACACUGUACAUGCCAUAUAUUGAAAGGACACCAUUGUUCAAAGGAUGUUCAGCAGAAUUCCUUCAACAGAUUGUUGCCAGGCUGCAAGAAGAGUUCUACUUACCAGAAGAAGUUGUUUUGGAGCAAGGAAGUGUAGUUGAUCAGUUAUACUUUGUCUGUCAGGGUGCACUAAAAGGAGUUGGCAUUGGCAAAGAUGGUCAAGAAGAGGCCAGUUUAAUGUUUGAGCAAGGGAACUCUUUUGGAGAAAUUGCUAUUCUUUGCAACGUUCCACAGCCCUACAAUAUUCGUGUUUGUGAACUUUGCAGGCUCUUACGGUUGGAUAAAGAGUCAUUGACAUACAUAUUGGGGAUUUAUUUCGCUGAUGAAAGAAAACUUUUGAGCAAUCUUACCGAGAGCAAUGAAUACGGCCUACGAGUCAAACAAAUAGGACCAGAUAUCAAAUUCCAUAUAGGGAAACAAGAGGAAGAGCUGACCUUAAGAGUGAACACCGCCGCUUUCCACGGUGAGCUUAAUCAGCUGACAGACUUAAUCCGAGCUGGAGUCGAUCCAAAGAACACUGAUUAUGAUGGGCGGUCUCCUUUGCAUCUUGCAGCUUCCAAAGGUUAUGAAGAAGUUGCGCAGUUCCUUAUCCAUGAGGGCGUUGAUAUCAACUGUACCGAUAAUUUUGGGAACACACCCUUACUAGAGGCAGUGAAGCAGGGGCAUGAUAGAGUGGCCUCAUUGCUCUUUACCAAAGGAGCCAAGCUGAACCUCGAGAAUGCCGGUAUCCAUCUCUGCAUGGCUGUAUCAAAGAGAGAGACUGAUUUCAUUCGGGGGGCUCUAGCUUACGGUGCCGACCCAAACUCGAAAGACUACGACCACCGGCAUCCUCUCCACAUAGCCGCUGCAGAGGGCUUGUAUAUAAUGGCGAAGUUGUUGGUAGACGCUGGUGCAAGUGUGCUUGUAACAGACAGACGCGGUACUACUCCGCUGGACGAAGGGCGCAAGUCCAGGAGUAAGCCUCUUAUAGUGCUUCUGGAAGAGGCAAAAACCGAGGAGCUCUCCAAGUUCCCCACACGAGGCGAAAAAGUGAGAGAUAAAAUACAUCAACGACUGUGCUCCGUGUUCCCUUGCCAUCCGUUGAAUACUGAUGUCAAGCGAAAAGAGGGGGUGAUGCUGUGGAUUCCUCACACUAUCAAUGAACUCAUCAGGUCAGCCCAGGAGAAGCUGGGUUUAUCCGGCUCACGCCUGCGCUUGCUCUGUGAGGAUGGCGCAGCGGUUCAGGAAGUGGAGAUGGUAAGUGAUGGGCAGAAGCUCUAUCUUGUUGGAGACGAGGACAUGUGAGAGCGAGUAGAAGGCCAAGUGAAAUAAGAAGAAAAUUGCAACUUCUCUGUCAGGAGAGGCUUGGAACAAGAUCAUGCUAUUGCCAUGGAUGCAAAGCGCGGCACCGGCAGGCCGUGUAGCAAAGAGGAGGUCCAUUAGUUACAAUGGAGCGUCUGCUCAGACAUCCCGGUUUUGCUACAGCACACUGCACACGGAUGGUAACUGUCUUGGUUAUGCGCAAGUGCGCAUCUGGUUGCGGCUUGUUCUUCAGGCUGCAGAGGUUGACAUGGUUGGAUAUGUUGUGCUAUUGAUAGUCUUGGGCAUAGGCACCCUUGUAUUCGGCUCGUAUAAUGUUGCCAUGACAUGUUUCAUCUAGUUUUUUCUUUUAGAUUUAAAGCUACCAUUAUAUUUCAACUACUUUUUAUGGCAAUUUUUAGUAGUUGACCAUAGAAAUUUUUAGUAAUUAACCACGGCAAAUUUUAUUCAUGGA